AUGUCUUCAAACCCGCCAGGUGAGGAUAAUGUCGAGUUCAAUACGGAGAUGGAUCCGGAAGCCGAACUGCAGGAAAUGCAGCGUCAGGUGAAUGACCUAAAGGAGGACAUCCGCCUAAAAUCGCUGCAGGAGAACGCGGCCCAAGAGGAGGGACAUCGCAAGAGCGCCGGCGCGCCCCCUGCGAAGAACACAUCCAUCUUUGUAAGUGGAUUGGAUGCACGGACAACGGAGGGUGAUCUUCGUGUUUUCUUCGCCGCGUGUGGAACCAUCAAGCGUCUUACUAUGUUGCGUGAUAAAUUUACAGGACAACUGAAGGGCAACGCGUAUAUUGAGUUUGACACAGCAGAGCAGGCCGCUGCCGCCAUUGUGAAGAACGGACAGCCGCUGCACGGCAAGCCACUCACCGUGGCCGUAAAGCGUGAUAACAUUCCAGCGUUUCAGCGUGGAAGAGGCGCAGGCGCAUUUCCCCGCGGUGGAUUCCGCGGCGGUGGUGGACCAGCUGCAAUGCAGCAACAAAUGGCAAUGGCAGCAACAAUGAUGGCGGCAAGUAUGAUGGGUGGCGGCGCACCUUUCAAUCCCUUCGGCGCACCACCGCGCGGCCGUGGACGUGGACGAGGACGAGGGGCACCACACUGA